CUUCCUCUGUUCCUGUUUAUAUUUCUCCCUAUUCAAUUGUAGUUAUUGAUAGAGCUUUGAGUAGAGUGAUGAAUGAAAGGCAGUGUGAUUUCUUAUAGUUUACCAGUAUUAUUAGUAUUUUAGCGGCAACAUCACUCCACAAUCGUACAGACAGUAGUCGAUUGGAAUCUACUACCAGGGGUUGCGUCUUAGAUCUUAAAAGGGCAACUGAAUCAUGGCGGGUGGGACCCCUUAGAAUUUACAAGACGGAGUCAACUAAACAUAACGAGGGUGAUGGAGCAGAUGAAUGACCCAUUGACCAUGGUGUCGGAGUCUACUCCAGACACCAUCAGACAGCAGAGGCGCAGGGAGCUGGACGCUCGGCGGAGUAAGUCUCGUGUGCGUCUGGGGUCAUGCCUGCAGAGCUGGGGUCAGCUGAAGAACCACCUGGGAUUCUCUCUGCACUCUGAGCUCGCCAACUACCUACUGCAGAGCUAUUUUUCUAAAGUGUGUGCCAAAUGCUCAGACAAUAUGAAAGGGGAUACGACUGCCUUGGUGACAUCAAGAGAAUCUCUGCAUCACCUCGUCCUAUUGGUCCACACCCACGGGCAACAGUGCCCCUUCCCACCAACCCUCCAAUCUGACACUGCCAGAGAGAAGCAGGCAGCUGACACAGCGGGAAGCAGGUCAAAGGGAGAGGCAGUGAAGCAGAGAACAGGCCCAAAGCACUUACCACCUCAGACAGGUGCGAAGGACUGUAGUUCUCCAGAGGAUGGCCUCUCCCAAUGUGCUCUGGGGAAGGAAAUGAGAGAACCCCCGGAUGUGUUAGAGGCAGAACUGUGUCUGCACUAUGUCUGUGAGGGAGGGCAUCUGCUUUCAUGGCAACCUAGUCAGAGUGACUGUGAUGAAGAGAGGGGGGCAGGAGAGAGGGAAGGAGAGAUUGUGGAGGGGGAUAUUACCCCUUCAGGUCCAACUAUGUCCAAAGGGAGGAUAGGAGCAAAGGAGCCCAAGAAGGAGAGUGUCACAGGGAGGGGUCGUCUUACUGUGAGAAGGACUAGGACUCGUGGUGGAGCAAGGUCUGUGGUGACCCAAGAGGAGGCACAGCAGCCAGGAGAGGAGACGAUGGACCUGACAACCCUAAACUCUGGAGAGAGCAACUCAAGAGGAAGUGAGAAUGCACAGGAAGGGUCAGUGGCAGGAAGUGACACAAUGCCAGCAGAGUCCUUGCAGUCAUUGGAGGAUUGUUUUCAUAGGCGGCUACCUAUGGAAUGUAAUGAUCAUGACGAUGAUAAGGAGCACAACCCAGACAACAUCACUGGAGAGAAGGAUGUCCCUUCACCCGGCAGACAAUGUAGCCAACCGGAGCCAGCCGACAAUGUUUCUCAGAUUGUCAGCAAAAAGAAAAGAAAAACAACACCGAAAGCAAUCUUGCCUUGUGAGUUUGAUGGCUGUGGGAAGAUCUUCUCCUCUCGGCAGUACCUCAAUCAUCAUAUGAAGUACCAGCAUUUCCACCAGAGGACGUUCACCUGCUCUCACACUCCCUGUGGAAAGUCCUUCAACUUCAAGAAGCACCUGAAAGAGCAUGAGAAGCUGCACAGCAACCAGAGGGACUUCAUCUGUGAGUUCUGUGCCCGGGCUUUCCGCACCAACAGCCACCUUCUCAUCCACCGCCGCAUCCACACUGGAGAGAAACCGAUACAGUGUGAGGUAUGUGGCUUCACCUGUCGCCAGAAGGCCUCCCUCAACUGGCACAUGAAGAAGCACGACGCUGAGAGCAGUUACCAGUUCCCCUGUGAGGUCUGCGGCCGGCGCUUUGAGAAGAGUUACAACCUGACCGCUCACCAGCGCAAAAGCCACCCUGACUAGACCUUGAGCCUCACCAUCACCAACACUGCUUUUGUAUAAAUCUAUUACUAUGUAGUUUUAUUUAUGAGGAAAGUACAGUAUGUCAAAGGGAAGGAAGGGGGAAAAUAAAAAGGUUAUGUUUUA